ACUCUUAUCAGCAGUGCUGUGAUGACAAUCCAGCAACCAAGCACCUAGCUUUCCAUACAUGGCUUAUCAGUCGAGCUGACACUGCAGCAACCAAGCACCAAGCUUUCCGUACCUAAUCAAUUGGCAGUAAUCAGGUUGCAGCUUCGCGGCUGAAUAAGGAUUGAGAAGGUUUCGGCGAGUUGCUCAAGCGCGUGGAGUAGAACAGCGGCAUUCUGGAGGAAUUGCCAUAAGUGUGUCCGGUCAUGCUAAGCUGCGACGGAAGUCUUUUGAAAAGAAGCGACGGUUUUGGAGCACCGAGCGGUGCGGCGAAAGAAACUUUCUGGCAGACAACGGGACAUGGGGAAACGCGAGGAGGAGAGGAGGCGGAGGAGGGGGAGAAAGGCUAGCGAGUCAUCAACGUCGUACGCGAUGCAGCGGCUGCUCUCGAGGAAUUAUAAGGCGGUGCACGCCGAUGAGGACAUCCUGUCCCUCUACCACUCCUCUCUGCUGUACGGCGAGGUGCCUCUCACCAGUCGCAUGCGGGCCGUGUUCACCUCGGGCCACGUCAGCAUCCUCAUCGCUGCUGCUGAGUUUGUUGCUUCCUGUGUGGGCGCGGUGUACUACCUCAUAGGGACCAGGGAGACGAUGCAGCAGAAGAUGGUAUGGAACGCGGGCUGUCUCGCAGUCGCCACCUUCUUCAUCCUCGUCUUCCUGCUGCGCCUCUACAGGCAAGCUCCCUCCUGCUGCGCCUCUACAGGCAAGCUCCCUCCUGCUGCGCCUCUACAGGCAAGCUCCCUCCUGCUGCGCCUCUACUGGCAAGCCCCCUCCUGCUGCGCCUCUACAGGCAAGUUCCAGGAUGACUCAAAACGCACACUUACAGGCAAGCCCCUUCCUCCGCCGAAUUUACAGGCAAGUUUCAAAGCAACGCACGACACAUGGUCACAUGCAUGCCAUAUACAGACUUAUGUCCCCCCCCGUCAGAGCUCACCCCGCUCUCCAUACUCCCUCGACCGUCUCUCAUCCCCCCCUCCCUUCCUUCCACUGUGCAGUGCACCUGUGCGGUGCCUCUACAUUGCGCCCGUGAGGUGGCUGUACGUGUGCUCGUACCUGGGAGUGUUGGACAUACUCUCAGGCAUUCCCAUCUUCGGCACUGGCCUCAACAGCAGGAGUGCAGGUGCCAUGUUUCAAGUCGUCUACUUCUUGCAGAUGCUCAAGCCCUUCACUCGUCUGCAGCAGCUGGGUGUCGACAUCACAUCCAUAACGCAGGAGGUCAUCAACCUCAUCGUCUACCUCACUUCAUUAAUAUUCACGGCAGCGGGCAUCUUCCUGUGGGUGACCUACCAGAAUGAGGAGGUGAAGGCGACGGGGAGCUGUGAGCCCGUCAACUGCCUCGACUAUGCCAUGUCGCUCUACUUCGUUGUUGUCACGAUAUCAACGGUGGGUUAUGGCGACAUCUUGGCAACCAACGCAGCGGGGCGAGCGGUGGUGAUAUGCAUCAUAGUGGCGGCUCUUAUCAUCCUGCCCGUGCAGCUCAGCAACAUCUCCAACCUGCUUGCUCACAGGCCAUAUGGGGGAAGGUUCUCAGCAGCUUCCGCCACAGGCAUGCGCUUUGUGGUGCUGACGGGGCAGCUCUCUCUGCUCUCCAUCCAGCAGUUCCUCGCUGAGCUCUACCACCCGUUACAUGACAAAG